GGGGCCGUGAGCGCCCCCGUGAGAGUGGCCCGGCGGCAGGUAGCAAGGAGAGCGAAGCAAGGGACUCGAGGGGCGCGGGCAGAAAGGAAGGAGGCGUGGAGUGGAGUGGGGUGGAGUGCCAGGAGACCCGGACCCCGAAGGUGGGGGUGGCGGGGGAGGGAGGAGGGGGAGGGCGGCGGAGGACGUGCCGGCCGCUGUGCGCGCGGGAGCCGCAGACGAGCCGCCUCAGACCUUAGCUGGAGCUCCCGCCGGCUCCCGGCACCGCCGCCGCGCCUCGGCCGGGGAGGACGUGCCGGCCAAAGGAGCGGCGGGAGGAGACUCGGCCGACUCGGGAUUGGGGAAGCGCCGCCGGGAGCCGUAAAGACGGCCGCGGCCCCUCCAGCCCCUCCGAAGCGCUCGAGGCCGCCUGGACUGCGGGAGCGAGGACUGCGCCGCCCGGAGGCCGCUUUGGAGAGGGCCUCUCGGCCCCGCCGUCCCGCGGCCCCGUACCGGCUCCCGCCGCCAGCUUGCCGGCUCUGUCGGGGCCCCGGGGCAUGAACGGCUACGGCUCCCCCUACCUGUACAUGGGCGGCCCGGUGUCGCAGCCGCCGCGGGCGCCCCUGCAGCGCACGCCGAAGUGCGCGCGCUGCCGCAACCACGGCGUGCUGUCCUGGCUCAAGGGCCACAAGCGCUACUGCCGCUUCAAAGACUGCACCUGCGAGAAGUGCAUCCUCAUCAUCGAGCGGCAGCGGGUCAUGGCGGCGCAGGUGGCGCUGCGCAGGCAGCAGGCCAACGAGAGCCUCGAGAGCCUCAUCCCCGACUCGCUGCGCGCCCUGCCGGGACCCCCGCCGCCGGGAGACGCGGCCGCCGCCCCGCAGCCGCCGCCGACCUCGCAGCCGUCUCAGCCGCCGUCGCGCCCAGCCGCCGAGUUGGCUGCGGCCGCCGCGCUGCGCUGGGCCGCCGAGCCCCCGCCCGGGGCGCUGCAGGCGCCGCUCGCCAAGCCAGAUUUGACAGAAGAACGACUUGGGGACGGCAGCACCGCUGACAAUGCUGAGACUUUCAGCGACAAAGACACGGACCAGAGGAGCUCCCCAGAUGUGGCCAAAAGUAAGGGGUGCUUCACACCUGAGAGCCCCGAGAUCGUGUCAGUGGACGAAGCGGGGUUCACGGUCCAGAAGAAUGGGGCCAGCUCAGAGAGCCGGCCCGACAGCCCCAAGUACCCUGGGGAGCAGAGCCACCUCCUGAUCGAGGGCCCCUCGGGGACCGUGUCUCUGCCCUUCAGCUUGAAAGCCAACAGACCGCCCCUAGAAGUGUUGAAAAAGAUAUUCCCCCACCAGAAGCCCGCGGUGCUGGAGUUGAUCCUCAAGGGCUGUGGGGGUGACCUGGUGAGCGCUGUGGAGGUCCUGCUCUCCAGCCGCUCGUCCUCCUCGGCCGCCGAGCGGACUUCUGCCGGGGAGCCCGAGGGCCUGGUGCUGCCCUCCAACGGGCACCUCUUCGAGCACACCUUGAGCUCCUACCCCCUCUCCUCGUCCAAGUGGUCCGUGGGGUCGGCCUUCAGAGUCCCCGACACGCUGAGGUUUUCUGCCGACUCCACCAACGUGGUCCCCAACCCCCUGGCCGUGCCCCUGCAGCACCCGUUUCCCCAGCCGCCCCGGUACCCUCUGAUGCUGAGGAAUACUCUGGCCAGAAACCAGUCGAGCCCCUUUUUGCCCAACGACGUGACGCUGUGGAACACCAUGACGCUGCAGCAGCAGUACCAGCUGCGUUCCCAGUACGUCAGCCCCUUCCCCACCAGCUCCGCCAGCGUCUUCAGGAGCUCGCCCGUCCUCCCCGCCCGCGCCCCCGAAGACCCUCGGAUCGCUCUCCCCGAUGACGGGUGUCCCAUGGUGUCAAAGCAGCCCAUCUACACCGAGGACGACUAUGACGAGAGGUCGGACUCCUCGGACUCCCGGGUACUCAACACAUCAUCUUAAGGCGCCGCCCGGUGGGGUGACCAGGUGGCGUCCUCUGUGCGUUUGAACCCUGCGCCCCUCCCCUGCGGAGAGGCCACGACCUGUGCACACCUUCUCCUGCCGUGUGACAAAGUGACCCUGCUUGAGUCUAGACCUUAGCGAUAAAACACAUAACUUAUUUAAUUUCUUGCACUUCACUGGAAAAUGCCAAAUAGCUUUGCUCUGUGGCUUAAGUGCUGAAUGUUGGUUGUCAAAGAGAGUCUGAUGCUAAGAAUGGUCUGGGGAAAGCCUUGGGCCCAUGGAAGAUGUCUUUGGGGACAUAAAGCCGAAGGUCGGCCCCACCCCUAGACUCAACCUGGAAUCAUCAGUAACAUAGUGUACUUGAAAGCAAUUCUGUAAAAGAGGAUUCCUCAGUAUAAUGAAACCUAAAGACGUGGUUUGGUUGCAAACGGACUAUAAAUGGGGGCCUCAUAUUCCUAUGCUAACAAUCCUUCUUGCAUUUUCAAGAGAGACUGCACUUAAUAGAGUGAACUGCUCACAUGCUUAUUUAAGCUUGGACAGUUUUCAGAGACAGACUCCAUUAAGAAUUAUUCUUUUCACAUGGCUGAAUCAAAACAUGUGUAAUGUCAAUGUAAACCUAAUCACAGCUGUGAACUGCAUGAAAUAUAUUGUGAAAUGAACACAAGAUUAAGCUUUGUCAGGUUAAUGUAGCAUGCUAAGGACUCUAGAAAAAAAUAAACUAAGGAGAUGAUCUUGGUUUAUGUCAUUUCUGCCGAUGAAAAGAGGAUCUCUAAAAAUAGAAACUUGAUAAAAAAGCUACUUACUAGUGCAUGGAUCAAGGUUUCAGUUAAACGUGACGCUGCUUGAGAAAUA